CGCCUCAUGUCUUUUCCCUCCACACCUCCACACGUCGCCCAUCUCCUCCUCUCCUCUUCUCUUCCGCCCACCUCCAUCCACCUCGCUUUGCUUCUCCCUCCUCGCCUCCCUCCCCUUCCCCAAUAUUCCACGCCACCGCCGUCAACCUCCACCCGCCCCCGCCACAGCCCCGCGCCCCCAUUCUUUCUCUGGCUCCCACGCGACCGAGAGGCUGCGUUCACCGAAUACACCCAACACCGGCGAGUCACCGGACCGGAGAAGGGAAGGCGUUGCGUUUGGGGCGCGACCGCGCGGGCAUGGCGGGGAGGGUGGUGCGGAGCUGCGUGCAGACGGCGCUCAAGACGGUGAACUCCGUGCUGGGGCUGGCCGGGAUGGCCGUCAUCCUCUACGCGCUCUGGAUGCUCCGCGCCUGGUUCAGGGAGGUCGCCGAGCUCCACCACCACCACCCGGUCCCAUGGUUUAUCUAUACUUUUAUUGGGCUAGGAGUAUUUAUGUGCUUGCUAACUUGCUCUGGCCAUAUUGCAGCUGAAACUGCAAAUAGUCACUGCCUCUCUUGUUACAUGAUCUUUGUGUUUUUUAUUGUUAUACUGGAAGGAGCAAUCACCAUUGACAUAUUUCUGAAUAGCAACUGGGAAGAGGAUUUCCCUGAUGACCCAUCUGGAAAGUUUGAAGAAUUCAAGGAUUUUGUUAGAUCAAAUUCUGAGAUGUGUGAAUGGAUAGGCCUCUCAGUUGUGGCUGCCCAGGUGCUGUCAAUCAUUCUUGGAAUGGUGCUUAGGGCUCUUGGACCUGACCGUGAAUGUGACUAUGAUAGCGACGAUGACCCCUCUGUGCCUGCAAGGCUGCCUCUACUAAGAAACCAGUCCCAACAUGGUAUAAACUACGCUGAACAUAUCUUACCUCAAAGUAGCGAUUCAUGGAGCGUGCGGAUUUUAGAUAAGGCUAACAAAUGAGAAUUUUCUGACAAUAUGACGAACCCUUCGGAAGGAGCAGCAGCAUGCUUUGGUCUGAAGGUUUAGCUCAGCAUGAGGAAAUGAUACCUUUUUUUCCCUAGGUAGUAUCAAAUGGCUUCUUUUGAUUGCCUAAAAACAUGCACAAGUAUUUGAGUAGCAUGCAACUGACCCUUACUGCCCCUUUAUGUUAUGGGAAGAAUGUUGUAUUACAGUGCUUCAGAAAGAACAGAUGAUGGCGUGAUUCCAUCACUGACAAAACACAAAGAGCUGAAUCUUUUGCUAUCCAUCGAGCUGUGGAUCUGUGAUCCAUAA